UAUCACUAAAAUGGACGCUAAGCUCUACAUUGCCGUAAUUUUCGUUCUCUGCCUGUCAUGGCAAGUAAAUGCACAAGUAAACUGCACAACAACUGGUGCUGGUCGUUUUGCAGAACCGAAUGACGCAACUUGUAAGAACUACACCCUGUGCGUCGCGGUGAACACCGCCGCCGGACAAUAUUUGUCAUACAACUUUUUCUGCCCAACCACAUCGCUGUUCAACCCCACAACCUCGCAAUGUGCGUCGAACUACGUGUGCAACUUCACCGCUCCCGCUGACACAACCACAUCAGCAUGCACCGCGGAAGGAUUCACAUCAGAUCCUACUUCAACAAACUGUUCAACCUACAUACAGUGUUUGUCAGAGAAUGGAGCUUUUACUGAAUUACCUAUAACUUGUCCGCCUGAUUCAUUUUAUAAUCCAAAUUCUGCUCUAUGUGAAGCAGACUAUGUUUGUAGAUUUACUUGUACCGCCGCUGGUUUUUUUGCAGAUCCCGCGGACACCACUUAUAAAAACUAUUAUCUUUGUGUAUUAGCAGCCAAUGGAACAUACGCGGAGUACCUUUACACUUGUCCGUCGACAUCGGUGUUCAAUCCUAAUACAAGUAUUUGUACAACAAGUUAUACAUGUCCAACAUGAUUGAUAAAACAACAAAUUGAAUUGAUUAUCUAUCUUGUUUCUUUCUUUAUUAAUGGUUUAGCUCUUUUGUCCUAAAACUAUUUCCUACGCCUUUCCUUAGUGGUGUUUACAAAAAAAGAAAAAUAAAACAUGUAAUUAUCUUUUACAGCCUAAAUAUUUUAGAUUAGUUUUAAUAAUAGGCUUUUUAAAUUAGAUUUUUAAGGGAUACCCAAACGGGGAUUUUUUUAUGUGUUUAAAUAUUGAAUUAUAAUAAUCUUAAAUACAGAAAAAUAAUACACAUAAUUAAUAUGAAUAAUAAUAAUAAUAAAUUUAUUUAUUCUCUCCCACAGACAAUAAUGUUUUCAUUUUUUUUGUAAUAUAUAUAAAUACAGUUAUAUGUGGGAGACAGGAGCCCAAACUAGGUUGCCCUGUGCUAAGGGUCUCCUGGCUCCCCCUCUUGAGUAAGGAACUAUUUAUUUGUUUAAUUUUAUAGAAAACAGGAGAAACACUAAAGCUUUUAGCUAACAAUAUAAUAUCUAGUAAUAAGUUAUGCUAAUAGAAAUAAGAAGAUAAGGCAUGUUUGUGAAUAUGUGCGUGUGAGCGCAUGUGUUGGGUGUGUGGGUGUGCGUGUGUGUGUAUGUGUCUGUGUGUCGUGUAUGUAUGUGUAUAUAUAUUUGAGGGUAUUUGUGUAUUUGCUAUGGGUUUGUAGAUAACUUUUUUACUACAAUUGCUUGUUUAUUAUUAAUAUAUUAAAUUAAUAAUU